GAACCUUUAGCUGCAAAAGACACCUACAAAGCGACGCUUAACCACGACGGUGACGCCGACGCCGACGCCGACGCCAAACGCCUCCAUUUCUCUCUCUUUCUCACCCUCAAACAGCAUCUGAAAGCCAAGUAAUCCGCAUCCGAUCAUGGUAAAAUUCGCGUGAAAUUUACGCGGAUUUUGCCCAACUAGGCUGGGUGGUGGUAGUAGCAGCGGUGGUGGUGGUGAUCGCGGUGGUUAUACGAUUGGCGUGAUGGGAUUUUGCAUAUGUCCUUUGGAAACUCCGGCGAGGUUGCUAUGGACUACUAGUUUCUUCCGCCACAAGCUCAUGAUCAUCUAAUUUAUAGCAAACAAAGUCUUUGCGUGUGGAGUUUUCAGUUACCUACAUAAGUAAUAAUCUUCGUGUGUUCGACGGCAGAAACCGCCGGAAAUUUGAACACAGAUAUAUAUAGAUAUCCGUAUACAUAAGAGUCGGAGAAGGCGAGAAGCCGAUGAUGGAUUCUGGCCGUUUUUUCUUCGAUCCAUCCGCUCGCCACCGCAACCUGGUGUUCCUCGGGAACGGUGAUGGUGUUUUUCGAGACGCAAGGAUGCUGAACAUGGGAGAGAACCCAAAGAGGCGACCUUUCUUCAGUUCGCCGGAGGACUUGUAUGAGGAUGAGUAUUUCGAUGAGCAGUUACCGGAAAAGAAGCGCCGUCUUACGCCGGAGCAGGUUCAUUUGCUGGAGAAGAGCUUCGAGGCAGAGAACAAACUGGAGCCGGAGAGGAAGACCCAGUUGGCGAAGAAGCUGGGUAUGCAGCCAAGGCAGGUGGCUGUGUGGUUCCAGAACCGCCGUGCAAGGUGGAAGACCAAGCAGCUUGAAAGGGACUAUGAUCUCCUCAAAUCUUCUUAUGAUUCCCUUGCUUCAAACUAUGAUUCUGUGGUCAAGGAGAACGAGAAGCUCAAAUCCGAGGUUGCUUCUUUAACUGAGAAACUUCAAGCUAAGCAAGUGGUUACAGAGCAAACAACAAAUCAAAAGGUUGAUCCAAUCCCGGCUGAAAUUGUCCAUGUUUCAGCUGCUCUCCAACACAGUGUGAAGGUUGAGGACCGGCUGAGUUCUGGUAGUGGUAGGAGUGCGGUGGUGGAUGGGGAUAGCCCGCAGCUUCUGGACAGUGGUGAUUCAUACCUUCAUUGUGAUGAAUUUCCCGGCUGUGUGGGACCUGUAGAUGGUGUCCAGUCUGAGGAGGACAAUGGCAGUGAUGAUGGCCAGAGCUACUUAAAUGUGUUUGCAGCCGCUGGUCAGGAGCAGCAGCAUCAUGAAGAGGCUUUAGAGUGGUGGGUCUGGUCAAACUAGGAUGCUUCACCUUCUACUAGCUAGUAAUUAGUCCCUUUUAUACGUUUUGUAUUGUAUUGCUAUUGUAAUAUGAGUAUGAGAGCUUUGAAUCUUAAGAAAAACCCUGGAAGGUAAAGCAUAAAAACAAUAAAAAAAGAAUAAUGUAAACUCAGCAAACUAGUGGCUACUGCCCUCUGUAUAGGGAUUAUUGAAUAAGAUUGCUUCUCGGUC